AUGAACACCAUGCAGCCGCCACCUCCUUUCCUAAAUGAGCUUUGGACGAAGUUGGUGUGGCCGAUGCAGCAUGGGGAGCCGUUAUUGAUCUUUUUUAUCCGUUCCUUAGCUUUACAUUUUGCAGUAACUUGCCUUUCUCCGCGGUUUCGGAUUGUUGAUGGGUCACAGAACCAACUAUUCCAAGGUGCUACGGCUAGGGGCACAUUCAGGGAGUAUUACGAAAACAUACUACAUCGAGGGGAGCAGUCAUACUCUAAUUUGAGUGUAGAGAUAUGUCGUGUUGUCGGCUUUCGGCUUCAGCCUUAUUACACAGACCUUGUGCAAAGCGGCUGGGAGCUACAGUCCUGUCCUGACUGUGCUAUUCAACCGAAUAGUCCUAGACCGAGUGAGGAAGAUAUAACUUUUACAGAUAUACGAGAACUUCCGCAAAGUUACGGUGGGGACAUCUGCAGCCGCUGCGGGAAGUCAUUGCCACUCCAACCGGUGUGGACCCGGCAUUUUUUUAUUGUGUUGCAGCGACAGGACGGUUCACGUUGUGCUGCAGUGGCAUAUGGUGAUGACCUUUGCCCCCAGCUCCGGCUUGGCUGCGUCCUCCGCGCAUUACUGUACGCGACCACGACGGAGCAGGGCGAACAACUCGUGGGGUUACACAAUGCCACGGUAUUGCUUCGUACCGCAGAGUGGACAAGUUCAAACACACCGGAGGCGGCAACGGUGGGGAUGGGUCUUCUUCCAAGGACUCAUUUUUUGGAGUCUUUCGCAUAUCAACCGAUGGAAAGUUGUAGGGCGGGGCUUAAAAUGUGCUUGACAGAGUGGUGUCGCCUCGUGGCACCUGGUAUUGUUGGCCAGGACUCUUGCAAGGGUCUUCUUUUCCUCAGCGUCAUUCAUACUCUAUACCGGGCGGUACGACGUGGGACGGCAGGGUCGUUGCGGCUUCGGCCUCUGCAUGUGCUUCUGGUUGGCCCUACAAAAAGUGGAAAGACUGCUCUUUUACGAGAAAUUGCGCAUCUUUAUGGUAAAACAUACGCAGGGGUGAUCUGUCAGUGGCAUGGCAGCGUCGGAGCGGCGGCGUCCACAGCCGAAUACGGGUUCGGGGCGUCUCAACCAAGAAUGAACGGCAACGUAUUGUUGUGCGGAGCUGCAUUAGAAAGUUCUGCUCUCAUGCUGGAUGAAGUCAUUUCAAGCGCUUCUUGCUUGCCGUUAAUAGAGCAGCUUCUGGAAGAUGGCAGCUGUGUAGCGGCCACUGUUGGAUCUGGAUCUGUAACCGCACUGAAUGCACUGGAGGAAUUAGGACAGUCCACCUUUUCUACAGAAGUUCAAAUGAUUGCGUCUAUCCACGAAGAAAGUCGGCUUGCACUUCCACUGGCGCGGCGUUUCCCACUGGUGGCAUGCGUGUCGCCGAAACUCAGUCUUGCAUAUAGCGUUUCCAUCGGGCAGAAUGUUAUAGCCGCUUCCGCGGCUCGAAGCUCGUCUUCGAGAUGUGCCAAUUCACGGGCUUCCUCUAGUCGUUGGUCAUUUGACGGGAGUGAUAACCGUGGGAGCUCAACAGGGCAUGGUCCUGCAGUGCCAGGUCUAGAGACUUCCCUUGACGUGGACACUCUUAUUGAGAUAGCACGGUGCGCGCCCGAUGAAGAAACUCUCUACGCUGCGUUGGACUGGCCAUCUCUUUCGGCUUCGUAUUUGGAGCUUUUACAGACACACAGGCAUCUUUUGGAGUUUUCAACCCCGAUAUCCGUUUCUCUGCUACCGAUGCCAGCCUCACAAAGGGGUCUCAUCCAGACAGCGGAGUGUAGUGAGGCGGCAUAUAACACGAAUGUGAACCUCGACCAUUCCCUGCAGCAACACUUGCGUGUGCUCAGCGCGCUUUCGGUAGCGCGUCUCGUCUUACAGGGCAGAGCAGGCGUCUGUUGGUCUGCCGAUCUGGUACAGGAAGUUUGGGAUGCUUAUCUUCAUCACUUACGUAGCCUUGCACACUUGCUGGAUGGUGUUGCGCCAAAGGCAGCGCUACCACCUCGGGUUGGUAUGGGUGACCCACUGAAUACUGGUGUGCUUGGGGGAUUCAGCCAUAUGAGUGGUGGUGCCUCUAUUCCACACAGUGCUAUCGUCGGCAAGCGGCGUCGAACCAGCAGAAAGGCAUGCAAGCUGCAGCUGGUCGAGCUCUUAAGGCGUGAGUGUAUUUCAUCCAGUUCGGGGGAUACCGACCACAGAAUACUGACGAGUUCUCGCAUAGAGGCGUUGUAUUUGAGCCUCGGUGGAAUGGAUACCAUGGGAGAUUCGUUUGAUGUUGUCCUCAGUCAGUUUCAGCAAGAGGGUUUGUUGAUACAAAGAUUUGGAGGGUGGCAAUUAACAAUGGCAUAA